AUGGAAGGGCCUUCACCAUCGCCGAGCAGCACCAGCGACUACGUUCGGGUGGUGCUGACGCCGAAAGUCGCACCCUCACCGAUACCGAAUAUGCACGCUCCGGUUCGACCUCGUUUGGUGCUCUACGCCAACGUGUUGGUGUCGCUGCUGCAGCCUCUGCAGUACGGGUGGUCCACCACGCAAUUGAACCUGACGACGUUCAAUGACGAGGAUGACUGCGACGCUAGACCCGUCGCCCCCGGCACUUGCCUCAUGUUCCCUGGACACACCAAGGCGCAGUGGACUAUCGCCGUCAGUGCCUGGAUCUUCGGUGGAAUGAUCGGAGCUCUCGUAUGUGGGCGGUUCUCCAACACGUUCGGGCGCAAGCGAAUCAUGAUGACCAACUGCCUAUUCAUGAUCAUCGGCGCCUUGGUGCAAACCAGCGCAUCGAGCAUCUGGAUGUUCAUCGGUGGACGAGUGGUCUCGGGGGUUGCAUCGGGUGGAGCCACCGCUGUCAUUCCCGGAUUCAUCAGCGAGAUCUCGCCGCCAAAUCUCCGCAACAGUCUCGGCGUGGGCUUCCAGAUCGCAAUCACUGUCGGCAACUUGCUCGUAGCCAUCACCUUCUUCUUCGCUGACACAAGCAGCGGUUGGCGCUACAUCGCGGGGUUCUCUAUCGUGCUGGCGUUGCUGUUCUUGGCUCUAGCACCUUUCGUGAUUGUGGAAAGCCCUGCCUGGUUGAUGAUGGUGGGGCAGCAACAGCUCGCAGAACGGGAGUUGGCGCGUCUGUAUGGCGAAGAUAAUCCUUGCACCUUCGCCAAACUGUUCUCACCCAUGCUCAUUCGGCAACUGCUGACAGCCAUCGGGGUGGCCGGAGCCCAGCAGCUCACGGGUAUCAAUGCCGUGUUCUUCUACUCGUCCACGCUCUUCGAGCAGGCUGGCAUCUCGGAUGAUCGCGUCGGUAUCGUGGCUGUCAACUUCGUCAAUGUACUACCAACAAUGUUCUGCGGGAUGCUAGCUACUCGCCUGGGUAACCGCAAACUCAUGCUGUAUGGGCUAGCGGGAAUGUUUUUCAGUGCGGUCGGCAUCACAGUGUCGCUCGUCGCUAGUCUGCCAACGUUAGCCAUUGUGUUCACGGCCUGCUACGUGACGACAUUCGGUUCAAGCCUUGGUUCACUUGCGUGGGUCGUCAUGGCCGAUCUCUUCCCGGACGACGUGCGAGCUAUGGGCAACUCAAUAUGCGUCGGCUAUAGCUGGUUGUCCAACCUUGCGGUGGGUCUCGGCUAUCCCUACAUAGCGGCGGCCCUGGUCAACUUCAGCUUCACACCCUUCAUGUGCACUGUUGCGCUGUCGUUCCUCUUCGUGUACACUGUCGUGCCAGACACAUCCGGGAAAACGAUGCAGGAGAUCCAGGACGAGUUCAACGCGAGGCGCCUGUCGAGAAACUAA